GUGCUGGUGGUGGUCUAGGCGGUGGCAGUGGGCUUGGGGGAGGUGCGGGUGGUGGCGGUGGGCUUGGCGGAGGUGCGGGUGGUGGUCUAGGUGGUGGUGGUGGGCUCGGUGGAGGCGCAGGUGGUGGGUUUGGUGGAGGCGCCGGUGGUGGUUUAGGUGGUGGCGGUGGGCUUGGUGGAGGCGCAGGUGGUGGCGGCGGACUUGGUGGAGGGGCAGGUGGUGGUACCGGUGGAGGUUUUGGAGCAGGUGGAGGCUUUGGAGGCGGCGGUGGCCUCGGAGGCGGCGGUGGUGGCGGGUUUGGUGGUGGAGGUGGGUUUGGAGGUGGCCAUUAA